AUGAUGUCGACAUCAAUUGAUCUUCAUAAUAAUAUUAAUAAUGGACGAUCCUUAAGAAUUGUUUCUACAAACCGACUCUUUACUAAAGUUAGAACUGAACAAUCAACUGAAUCAAUAUUACCAUCGAUAAUCGAUGCAUCGAGUUUAUUUUCUGAUCAUCAUCUUGACGUAUUUUCAAAAGAUGAAUCAAUACUUAAUGAAACAACAAUGAUACCAACAUCGCCAUCGUCGCCAUCAACAUCAUUUGUUGAUUUUCAUCAUAAUUUAUCAACAUCAACACCGUCAACACCAACAUCAUUUUCACCAUUACAACAUGAUCAUAGUUAUGGUUUAUCGACAAAUUCUUCAUCAUUGCUGCCAUCACCAUCGUCACCUAAUACAUUAACAUCGCCCGAUUUAGCGAUUAAUAAUACAACAACAAUAGAUUCAUCAAAUCGUUCAACGUGGCCACAAAUUAAUUGUCGAGCAUUAAGACCUGAUGAUUAUCAUAUGUUACUUGAAUUAUUAUCAUCAAAUACAAACAAUGAUUCGCCACCGACUUGUUUUGGCUCAGCACUUAUUGAUCCAACAACGCCAACACCCUAUUCGGAUGCAACGCGCACACAACCAAAGAAACGUGUACGCCCUGGCCAUGUUAAACGUCCAAUGAAUGCAUUUAUGGUUUUUUCACAAAUUGAACGUCGAAAAAUUGUUCAACUUGCACCGCAUUUACCAAAUGCUGAUAUCAGCAAAUGUUGCGGAGCGAAAUGGAAACGAAUGUCAUUACGUGAACGACAACCAUACAUGGAAGAAUCCGAACGAUUAAAACAACUUCAUGCACGACAAUAUCCAACUUAUAAAUAUCAACCACGAAAGAGAAGCAAAGCUAAUCAACCAUUAAAUCCACCUACUCGAUCAGCAGCUACUGCUUCAUCAUCAUCUUCACCGCCUCCAUCUACUAUUCUAACUACAAUUCCUUUACAAUCAUCUAUUAUUAUGAAAGAUCAACCACAAACGCCUCCGCCAUAUUUAUCACAACCAUCGUCAUCCUCAGCAUCAUCGUCACCAGGAUCAAAUCCAAAUGAUCCAAUAUCACGUUUAGUCGCAACUUUAUUUGAUCAAAAACUGGCUAUGUUCGCUAGUAAUUUUCAACAAUUUAAUAUUGAUCAAUUACAAUAUCAUUUUACACCACCGAAUGCUCAAAUUUAUCCAACAUCAACAUCAACACCAUUUGAUCCUAUCAUUUUUCUUGCUAAACAACAAGAACAUCGACUAGUUUAA